UUUCCUUUAAAAAGAUUAUUCUCUCAAAUCCUUGUUUAACUAUCAUUCAUCAUCUUCCCUUCUUCUUUCUUCCUCCUCUUCAUCAGCUAUUAUAAAGCUCUGUUUAUUUUUUGGUACCUUGUUUAUAUAUAAAACAGAGGAACCCCCUAAAUUUGGCUUCUCCCCCAUUCCAAGUUUUCUCAUUUCGCUAAUUUUGGAGAAGAAACAAACGAUUUUUUAUUUUUCAUAUUUUUCUGAUACAUUUGCUUGGUUUAUGAUCUGUUCAAGCAAAGGAACAAUCUUAAUCGCUAGAGGUGAAAAUUCGAAUUCAACCCCCAGAUUAGGCCUAACAGUUUCAUCCACAGAUUACGCGAAUCGGAUUCCAACUCGAAACAAUCCAAUCAGCGUCAAAACUUUCCGGCGAUCAUCGUCACCGUCAAUGGCGGUGGAAACAAUGUCGAUGGGAUCAGAUUCUUCAACUUUGAUUCUUACCUCAGGAGCAAGCGGUCGCGUUAGGGUACUCUUCUCGAUGCGAGAGCUCAAGCGUCUCGUUACCAUCAUCCAAUCUCUUAUUCUCUUCCUUCUCCUUCCUUUUCGCGUCGUCGUUUGGCGGCGGAGGACCGGUUCCACGGUCGUCAUCAGAGACGAUAAGCAGGAGAGGAAGGUCUGGUCUCCGCCUCAGAUCGUCGUGAGGAAGAGGAGCAGCGGCGGCGGCGAAUCCGGUGUAAGCGUUUCGCCUCCUUCUGUUCCAGCGGCGGUGGUGGAUGAGGAGGUUGCGGUUAGACGGGAGCUGGCGAUUAGGCGAGUUUUGGAGGAUGAAGGCGGCGAUGGAAGCUCCGUCAGAGAUUAUUCACUUUUCACGACCAAGAGAGGUGAUACGUUGUUCACUCAGUCAUGGUCACCUCUUUCCCCAAAUCACAGGGGACUUGUUGUUCUGCUACAUGGACUAAACGAGCACAGUGGUAGGUAUAAUGACUUUGCAAAGCAGCUAAAUGCUAAUGGGUUCAAGGUCUAUGGAAUUGACUGGAUUGGUCAUGGUGGAAGCGAUGGACUUCAUGCUUACGUUCCUUCCCUUGAUUACGCUGUCACAGAUUUGAAAUCAUUUCUGGAUAAGGUAUUAACAGAGAAUCCAGGGCUCCCCUGUUUCUGCAUUGGACACUCAACAGGAGGAGCGAUCAUCCUCAAGGCUAUGCUGGAUCCAAAGAUUGAAUCUCGAGUUUCAGGCAUUGCAUUGACUUCACCAGCUGUUGGAGUCCAACCAUCCCAUCCAAUCUUCACAGUUCUUGCCCCAAUCAUGGCGUUCCUCCUGCCCAGGUACCAAAUAAGUGCAGCAAACAAGAAAGGAAUGCCAGUUUCUCGUGACCCAGCAGCUCUCGUUGCCAAGUAUUCUGACCCAUUAGUCUUCACCGGAUCCAUCCGAGUUAAAACCGGCUACGAGAUCCUUAGAAUCACUGCUCACUUGCAACAGAACCUGAACAAAGUGAAAGUUCCUUUUCUUGUGAUGCACGGAACAGACGAUACAGUGACCGAUCCCAACGCCACAAAGAAACUCUACGAGGAAGCUUCGUCGUCAGACAAAUCGAUCAAGCUCUACGAUGGGUUGUUGCACGAUCUUCUCUUUGAACCCGAGCGAGAAAUCAUAGCUGGGGAGAUUUUAGAUUGGCUGAACCAGCGGGUUUAGCUCGUUCAAACCAAAAGUACUGUCACAACGUCGAAUCAAGAAUCAUAAGAGUGUGCAGCAUUUCUCAAUUCGGCGCGGAAUCAAGAAUUUCUAAGAUUCAGAACAUUGAAAAAUUUAGUUUCUCUGGCAUUUUUCUGAGUUAUUUAUAUGACUUGAGAGAAACGUGAGGGAAAACAAAAAGUAUAGUUCUUGGUCGAUUCAGCAACUUCUGGGCUGAUUUUUUUCAACCCAGAAGUAAGAAAGAAGAUAGAGAGAAGAAGAGACCUCCCAAAUCUGGACUCUCUUGCUAUGCUUCUUGAUGUUGCUAAUAUGUAUUGUCAUAUAAAAACAAUAAUUUUGUAACCUUGGAUUUUAAUAUCUUAUAUAUCUACAUUUUUGUACCUGUA